CAUGGCUGACCGGUCGUUGAGUUUCGUUUGCAUGGAAGUGAAUUCCGUCAAUUCCAAAAUGUCGCUUAAAAUCACCGAAGAAUGGGUAAAAGAACGAAUAAAAAUGGACCAUGAUAAGCUAGAGGAUGUAAGAUCUCUCGCUCUCCCUGGUUCAUAUCAUGAAAAAAUCGCAAGUUUGUCGACUUCUCUGAGUAACUUCUCGAGAUUGCAACAACUUGAUGUAUCAAGGAAUGCCAUCAGUUCACUAGACGGCCUCGCUCAUCUCAAAUAUCUCGAGACAUUAAACCUUUACUACAACCAAAUACCGGAUCUUAAAGAAGUUUUCAAACUCCGCAAAAAUCAAAGUCUUAAAAACGUGGAUCUGCGUUUGAAUCCUGUCACAAAGACGGAGCCUGAUUACAGAUUAUUUGUUGUUCAUAUGUUGCCAUUACUAAGGACUCUGGAUGACCGACCAGUGCGAGAAAGUGAAAGGAAGGCAGCUUUGAUGCAUUUCUCAAAUGAACAGGCAGCAGAAAUGGAAGACAAGGACUCAGCAGCGGAAAACCUUGACACAAAACCCAGCGCUGAACCACGGAUUUCAACGCAGCCCAGAGCAGAAUACGUAAAGAAUAUGAUCAAGAAACCAACUUUUGUGACUGAGGAUGACACUUGCCUUGAUGUGAUUGAUCUAAUGAACAGGAAUGGGGGGAAUAUAAGAAAUGAAAGAGCGCCAACCGGUGGUGUAUUAUCAGAACCAGAGACAGAAGACCACACCCAUGAAGGACUUGUAAAAUUAACAGAAAAAGACGAUUUCAGGAAUAGGAGACAACGGAUCAAAUCACAUGAAGAAAUGAACGGAUUCCUGAGUGAAAACGAUAUGAAUGGGAUAGAAAGAAGGGGAGAGAUGAAUUACAAACCUAGGCUGCUGUCUGGUUCCAGUUCAUCGCUUUCCAGUAAGAAAUCUGCUCCGAUACGCAUGGAUGAAUACAGAUAUACACCAGAUGAUGAAGCAUACACCAAGUUUAGGAGUGUUGCAAACUUCACUAGACAUCCAGGAACAGAUGCCCCACCCCCUACUGUUGGUCCGAGAGUUUCAGAAUCGAGUUUGAAAUCGGGGAGUAGCGAUCGGAUAUCAAGUGCAACACCAGACAGUUUGGGGGAUGAAUACACAAGUUUACCUACAGUAAAAAGACUAAGUUUCGGGGAAACAAAUUCAAGCAAACCAGCAGAAUCAACACAUUUACCAAGGAGUUCUGUUCAAGCUAAAUUCCUGGAAGAAUUUUUGGAUCUUGUUGAUAAAUAUUGGAACGGAUCUAGGUCAUUGCAUUACCAUAAGAAAUUUAAAUCACUUAUAGAGAAGCCUCUGGCAAGGUAUGAGGAAGGACUGACAUCAACAAAAGACAUUCAAUUUCGAGCCCUGCAGGAUAAAAUCGCAACCUUGACAACAGAAAAUAAGAAUCUCCAUACUAAGUUGCAUUCGGCAUCUAAACAAAAAAGCAGUGGAACGCAAGAUAGCCAGAAAGAACAGGACGCGUUACGAUCUCGUCUGCAACUUUCCAUGAGUGACAAUAAAAUUCUCCGAGGAAAAAUCUCAGAUUUGGAAGAAAAACUGAAAUCAAGGGAUGAUGAAAAGGAUCACCAUGACAAUGACCAUAUGAUGGAACUAGAGAGACAAAAAAGAUCUUUGGUACAGCAAGUGGCAAAUCUCAAAUUUCAGCUCAAAAAUUACGAAUCUUUGGACGAUCUGACAAAAAUGUUACAAGAGAGCCACAAGUCUCUGAUCUCAACCAAUGACCGACUUCUUGGCGAACUGGACGAGACUCGAAGUCGACAUCAGAGUGAAGUAGAGCAAUUGAAAUGGAGUUACGACCAACUACGGAAAACCAGUAUGCUGCUUGGUUCAACCAAUGGAACUACGAAUGGAAAGGACGUACCGUACACUAAUGGUUACUGAUGGACCAGUUGUUGAUUUUUGCCAUUUUCCGAAAAAAUGUUUUGAUAAUCGCUUUUUUGGACAUAAAACUUAAAAAUCGAUUUUUGCUGAAUGUUGGGAUUGGAACAAAAAAUCACUUUUUUCUUUCCUCAACUAUUCAACCUAACAAUUUCAUAUUUUCAGUGAUCAAAGUUGACAGUGUUCCUUUAGUGCUGUUACUAGAAGCUAUAAAUCCUAUAUUUCUGUAAAGUUAUUGGACACGAGUAUUUAUCGUUUAUUGUUAAAUGAUGCGACAAAAAUUUUUGGAACUCCAGAAGUAUGUGCACCAAGAUGGUGCACAACCUAAAAAUAGUAUGUGUACCAGGUUGGGGCUCAGGUUGUGCUCCAUCUUGGUGCACAUUCUUCGGGAGCGCCAAUUUUUUUAUUGUUAACUACUGGAUUAAUUGCAGAAUACUCAGUAGUUGGGAAAAGAGCGGUGCUUUUGUCACUUUUAUAUAUUCCGCUUGACUACCUGUAUCUAAACCUAUUCUACCUACCCAAGUUCUCCAAAAUAUUUUUUUAACUACAGAACCAAUUGCUUUGAAAUUUCUAGUGGUUAAAAACGGACAUCUCUAGGAACGCAAUUAUUCCUAUAUUUUUUAUUAUUUUUUUUAGUUCCAAUAUUUUUGCCUAAGUUGUGAGAACUCAAUGAAUUUUCUGUUGAACGAUUUAUUGAGUAAAUAUUCUGGGUUAUUCAGUUCAGAUGGUUUAUGCCAAUUACAUAUUCUUGGUUAAAAUUUUGUGCAUACCAUGAUUUGAUGCUUCAUAAAACAACUUGGAAUAUUUGACAAGGCUAAAUCGUAACAUAUCAAACAUUUUGGGAUGGACCAGGGGUGUAGCCAUGGGGGUUGAUGGGCGCAACCCCCGUUUUGAAAUGUAAAAAAAAGGAUUCUCCUAUAUCACACAGCAAUUUUUCGUAGCCUGGAAGCUUUUUAGACCCUCGUGACUCUGGAAAAUCUGUGUUUUCUGGCCCCUAUGUCGAGACCCGCCAGCUGUUGGGGCCUAUUUGGCUAUUCGAAAGUUCAGAACCCCUCCCUUUGAAAAUUCCUGGCUGGCGGAGUCUGGACGGACAUCCCUAGUAUCUACAUAAAAGAAAUCUUAAGGCUCGCCUCAACGCAUACCAGUGUUUUUACACAUAUUUAUUACCAGUAUACUUUUUCAGGCAGCUGCUCAGUUGCAUAUGAAAGUCCCAAACAUAUAGAUUUUUUUUUUGAAUUUCAAAUUUUUUGUAUUCGGUAUAACCACCAGUGUGUCUUAGUAAACUCACCAAAAUGUGUAAUCAAAAUAUUUAAUGAUAUGUAGAUUUAGUAAUUUAUGCACAAUUUAUACUUUUUACUUUAUUUGUUACUGGCCGUGUAAUCGUCUGUGAUUGUUUUGUAAUAGGAGCAAUGCCCACUAUCCAUCAAAUAUCAGUCCGUACACCUUGAAAACAAAUACCUGGCUAACUACUUCCAUACCUGACAUGGACUGAUAACCGGGCGAGAGGCCGUGGUUCACCAUAUGAUUAAGCCGUCUUAUCGGCUUUCCUCUCCCCCUGGAUACAUAAGUUAAUCCUAUAUCCUUCUUAUCUUAUCCUAAAUCUCAUAAUACAGUUCCGACUGUGGUAUUAAUAAACUAAAAUUUUGUAAGGUUGGCGAACCCUAGUGUUUACUGUAAUAUAUCUCACUGUAAUUGCUGCUUUAUAAUUGAUGUUUGUAAAUAUAUUCACGAAUCUUUAAUUAUAUAUUCUUUCUGUAUGAA